UUUUUGUUUAUAUAUGUCAACAUUUUCAAACCGGACAUUAAUUUUUGAUAAUGACGGUGACAAGUGGACAUAUAAAGUCAAGUGGAGUGAUGUUUUCAGGCAAAUUACAAAUUGCAGUUAUGAAAAACAUGUUCGUCCUUAUUUGCCAAUUACCCAAUAUAAAGGACCUACACAACAACAAAGAAUUGUUUCACUCUCCUUAAGAUCAAUGACAAGGGAUUUAACGCAUUUACCAAAUGUAGCGCCAUCAGAGUUAGAAGAAAUUCUGACCAAACACCACACAAGCCCUCAAGCUUGGUUCAUGGGACAGGUAUUGAAUACUUUUAAAUAA